CCGGGAAGGAGCCAACUUCAACUCUCAACUUACGUUUCCCUCACUCUCAUAACUCCUCUCAAAUCACCCUCUUAAGCCUCAAGGCAUUGAAAUAUAUAUGCUGACACCCAACCCCACUCUUCUCUGGAGACUAGGGAGCUGCUACGCAGCGGUCGGCAUCAUGGCCGGUGCCUUUGGAGCUCAUGGGCUCAAGGCUCGCCCCGGAAUCUCGGCGGAUAGUAUCGCUUCGUUUCAAACGGCGUCCCAUUACACUGUGUUCAACGGCCUGGCCCUGCUCCUUUUGUCGCUUCAUCCGCGGUUCUCAGUGCACCGCUUUGCGGCUCCGGCGAUUGCAACGGGAACUCUCAUGUUCUCCGGAAGCAUCUUCGCAUUGGUUCUCAAUAGGGAGCGCUUCAGAUCCCUUGGGCCAGUCACGCCCAUGGGAGGAAUGGUGAUGAUCGCUGGGUACAUCUCAAUGGCCUUGUAACUAACACAGUGAAAUGUAUACGUUCGUUCAAGUUUUUGACGGAAACAUUUUGUCAUCUGCACGCAUGACCGGAAAAAUCGGGCCGUUCCAUGUGCUUUGACGUAAUGAUCAAACACGUGGUGACGUGACCGUGAAUGUGGGAUCAAUGUAUGGUAAUGUUUGCCCUGUUUACCCGUCUUUUCGCGCUACCAUCAUCCCCGCCUUAGCUCUUCGCUCUACUUGACCAUCAUCUUGGAUAUGACAAUGGAGGGGGGUCCAGCGCUCGCGUCGCCAACUCCUUCUCCCCCUUCUGAAUCCUCACUGCCGUCAUCCACCUCCACAGCUCAAACGCUGACUCAUUUCUCUUCUAUCGCCCUGUCAUCGAGCACGUCGAGUGUCAGCUCCUCCACGUCGACUUCGUCCGUAUCCAGCGCCCGUGUUCCACCGGCCUCCUCUCCGUCGACUUCCCCCAGCAUAUCUCCCUCACGCCCUCUCAAACGUCGAUUGCUUUCAGCCUCCGACCUCAACUUUUUUGUCCCCGCUGCAGACUCUUUUAAGCCACUUCCCUACACCCCACACCAUUCGGCCAUAAACGCUCGCGACGCGCGACCAGAACGCGUGCAAGCGCGUCCUGUCACUGCGCAUAACCUGACCACUGUCGGGUUAGAUCCACUCCCAACCGACCCGGACGCGACCUUUCUUCGCUGGCCUUUUUCCUCAUUCCCCAACAAGGAUCGCUACCCGGAAAUUAACUAUAACGUACUCGCCGACAACCCCAAUUGGUUCUUGCAUCCCGACGAUUAUAUUCCGGAGAAGUCCAAAGGAACUCCUACUACUACGAAUCCGAAUGCAGUACAUUAUCCAGCUGUGCUCGAGCCUCCUCGCGGAUGGUGUCCGACGAAGAAGAAGGAUUUGAAAGAAAAUGGGGAUGUUUGGCCUGACGGGGAAACACCUCGACUUCGCUGCACGUUCUGUCGUAGGACCUACGCUGGUGUAAAUGCCAAGAGUAUGUGGCGACGGCAUGUGUACGAGAAACACAAGAUCGCCAUGGCGAGUAGGCGCAAUGACGCCGAGCGUCCUCGGGGCAGAACCAUAAACAAAGAACCGAAGCGCAACGGCAAAGCUCCAAGGCACGACACUAUCGUUGAUCUCGAUGUCGACACCAACCCCGUGGAGACAGUGGUCCCUCCUACAGAGAACGUACCCAUUCCACCGGAGCCGUCUUGCUCCUCCCCCGCACCUGGUCGAACAGUUCCACCUGCCUCGCCUUAUGAUCCUCUCCUCACUCCUGCUUUUCGACACUCCCCGCCACGGCUUCCGUCGGACCAGCCAUGGCGGUUCACGAGCCCGAGCCAUCCGCUGCACAGUUCGCGACAUUAUUCGUUGACGAUGCUACGCGAAGAAAGCCCUGCUCCCUCCCCUCUCAUCAAGCGAGUGGCUAUAACCGCAAACGCAUCAUCCCCGUUUUCUAGCCCUUGUUCUUCCAAACUUUUCGGGACGCCGGAUAGUCCGAGCAGAGGGCGUGCGUUCCUUCGUGGAAUCCUCGGUCGCAGCAUCACUGCCCCCAUGCUCAACACUCCCAUGUCCGUUGUACAGAGACGGCUGCGAGCGCCUGUCAGUCUUCUCGGAGAUUCGAAUCUUCUGGAAGGGGAGCAGAACCCCUUCGUGGCAUGGGGCAACAGCGAAAACCAUCCUCCCUCCUCGAGUCCUGAGGGUGAGAGUCCAGUUGUGAGAAGCAAACGGUCUGCGGGCACAGGUCUUGGAAUCGGACUGUUGGAGCCUUUCAUCCUUCCUGCCUUAACCGACAGCUGUCAGGAUCUUGACUUUGAUGAACUGAUGCAACUGGAUGAAGAGACGCAGGUCGUUGACUCGCUGAAACACACCAAUGCCGAAGUUCCCCCACUCAAGAAACGGCGCACCACUUCUUGACGAUCUAUCUCUAUUCUGUCGCGCUAUCUAGGACCAGAUAUGUUUUUGCUUGCUGUCCUCCUAUUUUAUAUGUGUAUGAUACUCUG